AUGUCGCUCCAGGUCAAUGACCCACGGUCGCGCACCCGCUCCAAGUCCCCUGGUCGUAGCCGCGAACGCUCCCGGUCGCGCGACAGUCGAGUGCCCUCACCCUCUCGCGAGCGUUCCCGCGCCCGUUCCCCCGCGGUCGAGAUCGCUCCCAAAUCCUCCAAGUCGGUCAGCCGCAGCUAUGGCUCUGACGAGGAGGCCGAGAUCGAGCGCCAGUACAAGUUGCUGAAAGAGGGUCGUUUGCGCGAUCCUCGCGUCGAGACCGAGGAUCCGCGCAGUCUGGUCUCCCGUGCCCCUCGUAGCCCCGCUCGCUAUGAUGCUCGUUCGGACUCGGAUGAUUCGAGACGUCGCGAGAGGGGUGCGGAUAGUUCGCGCCGUCGUGAUGAUCGCUAUGAGCAUUCAGAUGAUGAUGUGAGGGUUGCGCACCCGCGUGAACAUCCCAGUCGCUCGCAGCAGCGCAUACCUGUUGCGCCUGCUCGUUCGAGUCGGCGGGAUCAUUCGGACUCGGAAUCAGAUUUGGAUGAUGACUUGGCCUAUGGCGAUGACCCUGGAAGUCAUCCGAGCUAUGCGCGACCGGGAAAGUACCAGUAUGCGCAGCCGUUGGGCUUCCCACCUUCUCAACCUGGUGUGCGCAAGCCUGCGUACCCCGGAGAAGGCACGGACUGGGCGGCUGUUCCCGAGUGUGAGCGUCCGGGCUUCGUCCCGCCUACCACGCAAGCUGGACCGCCAACGUCUAUGCCUGGUGGGUUCCCCACGGGCUCGGCGUAUCCCAAUGGCCCUGCGACGACGGCACCAACAUAUCCCAUGCCGCAGUAUGUAGGUCCUCAGCAGCCUGCCUAUGCGCCAUCUUCGUCUGGUCCGUAUGUUCCAUCGCAUUACCGCACCGCCUCUGCUGCCGACGCCCACGCGGCUCCGGUGAGCUAUGCCCAGCCCGGACAGUACCAGUAUGCGCAUGUCGAUCCUAACGUCCGGUAUACUUCCAAGGCAACGCCCGUACAGCCGUACAGCGCUUCGCCGCAGGAGCAAUUCUCUAAGCCGCGCGAUUCAUUCUCCAAGUCACAGCAUGGGGAUCAACCUGUAUAUCCGUACAGGUAUAGCAAUGAGCCUCAAUUCGUAGACAGGUCGCACCCGCACCCGCAGCCACAGCCGCACCCGCAGCCUCUCCCGCUUCCACAUUCGCAACCCCAGCCGUCUCAUCAUCAGACUCAGGUCGUUGAGAUCACUCCCGGAGGCGGGCGUGGUCGGCCUCAUAGUCUCUCUGUUUCUUCAGGGAAUAAUUUGGCUGUUGCUGGAGCUCAUAGCCAUGUUGGACACGGACAUCCGCCGGCGAGUCCUUUACUGGAGCCUUACCGUGGUACCUAUCAAUCUAUGUCGCCCAUGCCGUCUCCGAUUAUGAUGCCUUCGCGUGACGAUGACAUUUCCGACUUUGAGCAGUUGGAUGGUGGUACCUCGAAUUCCGAAUCAGGGCGUCGCAAGCGCAGCUCGAAGAGCGAAAAGGAGAUUCGAAUCCGAAGUAGCAAGGACAAAACCAAGGAGAAGGAAAAGGGGAGGGAUCGCGAUCGAGAUGAUCGCAAAGAUGAUAAACAUCGCAGCCGAUCGUCUGCCCAUGAGCGGCACGAGUCAAGCUCAUCCAUGCGCGGCGACGCCGUGGUCCUAAUCUCCCCUUCAAGCGACAGAAAGCGCGUGUCAUUCUACGACGCAGCAUCAGACGCCGUAACAAUGCAAGCCGCCCUAAACCACACCCGCAACAUCGACAACAAAGCCAUAAUCCAAGUCCUCCCCCGACUAAGCACCGACGAGAUUCUAAUCCUCCGACAAGAAUACAAAAACAAAGUCAAAAUGCAUGGCAAAGGAAUCAAUCUUGCCAAACACCUCCGCCUCAAACUAGGAAACUCCAACUUCGGCAAAGUCGCCUAUGCAACCGCCCUCGGCCGUUGGGAAUCAGAAGCAUACUGGGCCAACUGCUACUACCAAGCCGGCACAUCCCGUCGAGAACUCCUCAUCGAGUCUCUAAUCGGUCGCUCCAAUGGCGCCAUCCGCGAGAUUAAGUCUUGUUUCCGCGAUACGAGAUACAACGAUAGUUUGGAGCGCUGUAUGCGCGCUGAGUUGCGCGCUGAUAAAUUCCGCGUCGCCGUCUUGCUUGUUCUCGAAGAACGCCGCCAGGAUGAGCGCGAGCCGAUAGAUUCUAGACUUGUUCGUCAGGAUGUCUCGGAUUUGCACCGCGCGCUUGUAUCGAAGGAGGGCGGCGAGACGGCCAUGAUUAAUAUCAUUGUCUUGCGAAGCGACACUCAUCUCCGUGAGCUCCUGCGUACUUACGAAGGACAUUAUGGGCAAAACUUCGCUCGCGCUAUGAUCGCCAAGUCGCGGAACCUGGUGGGCGAAACCCUCGCCCAUAUCUUAAACGGCGCAAUUAACCGUCCCAUGCGCGACGCCCUCCUUCUCCACCAAGCCCUCCGCGAAUCUAGUUCCGGUCGCGAGCGAUCCGAGCUUCUAAUUUCGCGUCUGGUCAGGUUGCAUUGGGAGCCAAGACAUCUGGAGCUGGUUAAGGCGGAGUAUCGGAGACGGUAUAAUGAGAGGCUAGAGGAGGCGAUUGCUGAGGAGGUCAUGUCUUCUAGUGGGGGGACGGAGUGGGGAGAGUUUUGUAUUGAGCUUGCGCGCUCGUAG